AUGAUCUUCCCGGACCGAACAUCCUUCACCCCUCUAUCAACCAUCCCCCUCCCUUCUUCCCAAAUCCUCCACCCAGGAUCAUGUAACCCUUCAAUGGACCUUAUCGUCUUGCUUUCCUUGCCCAAUGCAUCUGCAUCGACCAAUGGCAAUUCGUGGAAAGGAAAGGGGAAAGAGAUCGGAUCGAAGACGCAGAUAUCGUUAUGGCGUACGGGUGGAAGCAAAGUAUGGCAAGUUGGUGUUGAAGGGGAUGUUCAAGGUCUGGCAUGGAAUGAGGAUGGAUUGAUCUUAUCUCUUUUGAGCUCGAGCUCGAAUGGAAAUCUCGUUCAUCAUCUAUCUGUACAUACCGGAGAGAUUAUACGGUCCGUUCCAUUACCUUCGGAUCUAAUCGACAAGAAUAGAAAGGGAAGAUGGGUGGAGAUGAAAUGGACAGUCUCUCAGAGUGGAUGGGCUAAAGUCAAGAACGGUUCUGGACUAGAUAUCGUUGAUAGUCUGCCUACCGUCACACCUGUCGAUCCACCCAAACCUCCCAGUCAACUCCCAUUCAUGCGUCAAACAGCUCUCUCUCAAACAUCCCCCAAACCAACUAUCCAUUCAUCCCUAUCCACGUUUCCCGCGCUCUUACCAUCGAUUAUACCCCUCCAACCCGAUAUCCUCCAAAUAGAAUCAUCCGAAUAUUCCUUGUUGACCGGUACCUUCGCCUUACCAUCAAACUCUCAGCCUACUGAAGAAAUAUUGCAACUGUCAAAAAUAUCAGACAAGAUAGUGCAUCUACUGAAUAUUAUAUUGAGAGGAAUCGAAAAUGCCGAAAUCCAUUUUCGAGAAGGUGAGAAGCAGACGAUGAUCUGCAGAGAGGAUUUGGAAACUUGUGCGAAACAGCAGGCUAUGUCAAUCGAAGAUGUUCAUUCGGAUCUGUUUAGGUUUUUGAUGACUGGACGAAGUGGGGUAGCUGUCAAUGAAUGGAUGGGAAAUCGAUUGACAGGUAGGACAAUAACGAAAUGGGAUCAAACGUUAGAUACGUCCUUCCGAACUAUUCAAAACCUAAUCAUAGAAAGUAUAUCACCAGCUUUGGAGAGAUUGAUAUUGCUUUUAGAAGAGAUGAGAGGAUGGAGUAGAACACCCAAAAAUCAAACUCAAUUACAUCUGAACGAAAAUGAUAUCACCAAAGCUAUAGAUCUAAUGUUGGGUUUCGCCAAGACGGUAGAAGGAAUGAGGAGAGACGCGGAACAUGAGUUGAAGGCAGCUUCGGAGUUUAUGAAAUGGUUGAAGUAUGAAAUCGCCAGAGCAGUCUCUCAAGAUCCAUCAUCCGAUGAUCUCCCACUACCCACCCAUGAUCUCAAAUCAGUAUGGUCCUUCAUGUUGAACGGUUUCGUCCGUUCUUCUUUCCAUGAUCAUUUCCCUUAUCUCAACGUUCGACCACCUGAAGAUACCCUUCCAUCAGAUCAUGCCACGUACCCCAGGAUAUCUACUCGAUCGUUCGAUCAUGUGUUACGAGAAACUAGCCAAGCACUCAAGAUCGAUCAUCCGAGUCAUUCGGCGGCGGUUGAUACCCCGUCGGUACAGGCUAAUGAAUCGUUGGAUUCUGAGAAUACCUCGAUGGAUAUGUCUAUAUCGAUGACUCACGAAACUCAAGAUGACGAUGGGGAUUUGACACCUACUGGAAUACUCUCUGAUGAUGAUGAAGAAGAAGAUGAGGGAAUAUCCAGAUUUUCAAGUCCUGAUACGGUAGGAAAUAAGUAUGCUUUACCGGAAGAAGAUGAGCAAGAGAUGAAGAGAUUUAUGGAGAAGGAACCGUGGGUAUGGGCCAAUACGCUUAUAAGAGAUUUAGAGGGGUUAGUGAGAAGUGCGGUGGGUGGGGUCGAAGGGGAUGGUGCUGGGAGGAUAGAAAGGGAUAAUGAGCUGGAGCUGAAUCUGAGGGAUAAAAGGUUGGUAGAUGGUGGGUUAUGGGAAGUUGUGAUUCGGGAGCAAGAUGAUAUACAAAGGUUAUGGUUAUUAAACAUCAACAAUGCCAAUGAAUCUUUAACAAUCUCGAAAUUCGCCACGUUCUCGAUCUCAGAAGCAAGGUGUCUUUCAAUUAGAUUCUUUGACGAUGAAGAAAUUGUAUUAUUGAUGGAAUCUGAAAAUGGACGACAUCUAACUACCUUUAGAUAUCCAGACAUAUCAGAUGAGAUGUCCGAAUUGCCAGCUAAGAGAGAAUGGAGGUUGGUGGAUGUGCUUAGGGAGUAUAGGGAUGCUUUUGAAGUUGCUCCGUCAAUACCGAUAAGUCGCUCGAGAUAUCUCGGUCCCACACCCCAAUCUGAUGAUAUCCCAGGACGGGACCCGGAAAUAGCGCUGAAUGGGAGGAAGGGGAGGAGAUUGGGUUGUAUAUUGUAUGAAGAUGGGAAAGAAGUGCAGGUUUGGGAUUUGGACGUUGAUGAGGAUGACGAAGAGGAGGAAGAGGGUGAGGAGAUGGAUGGUGUUGAGGAGUAG